AUGGCAGACCAAGCCGUGACAGAAGUCCUGAGCAGCGCCAUCGCGCGCCUCUACACCCUCCACCGCCAGCACCACGACCUCUCCAGCACCGCCGUGCUGGUCUACAUCAACCGGGCCCAGCAAGGCCCACGCGGCAACGAGUACGAGCGUCUGCUCGUCGACUGGUUCCACGAGAACCUGGAGGCUAACGAGCGCGCGCGGCUCGACGUGCUGCUGGACAGCAUUGCGGCGGAGCUGAUGGCUCGGGGGGUGCGGCAGGUCUUACCUUCGACGGUCAUCGUCAGCUUCGACUGA